CACUGUGUAAACAUACAAACUAUCAAUUUUGUUAUCUAUUGUUCUUGAAUGUAUUUCGAAAUAUUUCAAGUUAAAGGUAAUAUUCUUAAUAUAUGCAGCAAUAAAAUGUUGGUAACAGUGAGCUGCUGAGAAUAUCAAAAUGAUUUCUAUUCUUUUGUCUAACGGAAGUUUAAUUUUACUGGUCUAAAGAACUGAAUCAAUACUGAAUAAGUUUCUGGAUGGUAACAUCAAGGUCUCUAUCUUCGGCAUGAGAAAGAAGCGGUGAUGCUGGUGACGGCCUUUGCGUCAAAUGGUUUCUCUUCAAUGGAUUCCUGGCAACAAGAUCUUCACUUGGGUAAAUAGACUGAGCUGAACCGAACCUGAACUGAACUUCAGUACCUGUUUUGGUGUAAAUCUGAUGGGGAUCUGAUGAGAUCUUUAUUGAUCUCGAUAACGUAUAGCCAAUAGUAAUGUCAGAAACAACAAUUGAGGUUACAGCAGUAUCUGAAUUUGAAAUAACAAAGCCUGACAAGUGUGAAAUUUGUCAGGAAUUAUGUGAUCCAUACAUUAGACCUGCUCUGAAUUGCUCAGGGCCUUGUUAUGGCAAGGUGCAUGUAACAUGUUUGAAACGAGGUGGAGUACCUGGGUCUUGCAUUGGAGACGUUUUCUUUCAUUUCAUUUGUUCAAACUGUAGUUCAACAGGGGAGGAGACUCUCACGCGGGAUAAAAUGUCGUGGUUAAAUGUUAUUGUUCUCACCCUCUAUAAUUUACGAGAAAAAUCACAUGGUAUUAGCAAAAGAGGAUACUUUCACUGGAAGUCGGACAUUAGUACGUUUGUAGAUCGCAACUGGGAUUACUUAUUCAAGAGGACUUUUAAACGUAAGAAAAAUUGGACAGGAACAAUAUCUGGCACACUAUCGCACUACAGUGGUAUAUUUUUCAAGUCAGGGACUGUAGAACUUGGUGGAUCCGGAUGGUGGAAGCUUAUAGAUAAUGAUCCUCCUCAAGUGCUUAUUGCUAAAAAUGCAAAAGUUAUCAUGGACCGUAAGAAUCAAUUAGGCAGUAGGUCAAAGGCAAUACCAGGACGACGAAGUAGCUUUACCCCAUCUGAGUCCAGUAUUUCUGUGGGUGAGGACAGCAACAAUGGUGGUGAAUCAUGCCGGAAUCAUGGACCUUCCAUGUACUCAAGAGCUUACGUGCAACCUAGUGAAACUCUGUCUGAUUUCCUCUUGGCUGAAGAUGACUUGCCUGACAUAGACAUGCUGGAUGUGGACAAUGAAAUCGAAUUGAAUGUAUGCCAAGAACCACCUUCAAUGACUGAUUUAAUGAAUGAGUUUCAUUAUCAGACUUAUCAACCUUACCAAUCUAACAAUAACAAACAACUUAUGCCCAUGAAUAACCUCAACGCAGACUGGGGAACGAACAUAGUUUCAACAUCAGAAAUUCUCGGCAAUUAUCAUAACGAUAAGGGGAACCGAAAGGACGAUAACAGAGAAGAAGAUGUACCGUAUGAAGAAGACAGUAGCGAAAGCCUCAGCUCAGCCCAAGAGCAGGUUGCGUCAUGUUUGUUCAACGGAGCAGUGAAAAGAGAAUUUCCUUGGAAAAGAGGCAGUAUCAGAGAUGACACUAAAAAAAAGAUUCGAAUGAGUGAUCUGGAAGAAGCAUAUAUAGUACAGAAAGUGGACAGACGUCAUCUAGAGCUGGCAUCACCAGCGAUGAAACGUUUCUAUAGAAAACUUGCUGUUCGAAAGUUAAAAAGAGAGCAUGGUUUACCGAUUUUUGACUUUGACCAUUUUGGUUGCAAAUCUGAUUCAUCUGAAAGAACUAAUGCAAGGAAUAACAGAGUAUUAGAUCGUUUUAUUGAUGGAAAUUCAAAAAGGGUUUACGAACAACGACUGCAGGGCUACAACGAACCUACAGCCGUCCAUAGUCCAUAUACGAAUCGAAUAUUGAAACCUUUUAUAAGGAGAGACACAUCUGCUCGACCAACAUGGCUGAAAUUAAUGGUGGAACUUCAAGCUAAAGUCAACAGAAAAAAACCAGAUUGGAAACCCUUAAAUAUAGCACCCAUAGACUAUUCUUACGUCCGACCGCAGCAUAUACCUGCAAUAAACAGUUUAUGUAGUCAAUUUUUUUGGCCUGGUGUCGAUUUGACCGAGUGCUUACAGUACCCAGACUUUAGCUGCGUUGUACUUUAUAAGAAAUUAGUUGUUGGAUUUGCAAUUUUAGUGCCAGAUGUAGGAUACAAUGAGGCAUACAUUUCAUUUAUUGUGAUCCGACCAGAAUGGCGUGGGGCUGGCAUCGGUACAUUCAUGUUGUACCAUUUGAUUCAAACAUGUAUGGGCAAGGAUGUUACUCUACACGUAUCAGCGACGAAUCCCGCUCUAUUACUAUAUCAAAAAUUUGGAUUCAAAGUGGAAGAAUUUAUACAAGAUUUUUAUGAUAAAUACAUUCCACCGAACUCUCGAGAAUGUCGACAUGCUCUUUUAUUACGACUGAGUCGAUGAUAUUUAGUUUUGUUCAUUUGUCUUGGAAAUGUAUUACGAGUGCACCUGCUUAAAAUGUCGGACAGAAACCGAUGGAUUCUUAAAGUUCUCAAAAAAACCUUAAUCAAAAGCUAGUUAAUGAAUAUGGCUAAUGAUUACAGUUUUUAUAGGGAUCUACGAGUACCUAUCAGUUCCUAUCCGACAUUCCAACUAGAGUGGAAUGUUAAAUUGCCAUUAACAAUUACAAUAUAACUUAUGAAGUCUGAUGAUGUAAUGUAAACUCAUUAAUUUCAAUCUAACAUGCAUUAUAUUCUUCUGUACAUUGAAUACAAUUAAUAUCAAUGUUAUUCUUUCACUAUAAAACAAAUGAGAUUUUGGUUGAUAUAAAAAUUUCCAAACUGCAAGUCAGGUGCAAUGAAUCGCAUAUGCUGAGAGAGAUAAAAACAUGAAUUGUUUUGACGAUUA